AAAGUUUAUGAUGAGAGAGGAUAAAAAAAAGACAGAAAAAGAAAUGAGAAACAAGAAGGGUUGGAGUCGGAGUUGAUGAGUGAAAUGGGUAAAAUGGAGUUUUAAGUGAACCUAAGAAAUUUCCAAGGGUUUUGUAAGCAAUACAGGUCUCUUAUCAUGUCUCUUCCGAGUCUCCCUCCCGAACUUAUAGAGGAAAUUCUUUCAUGGCUUCCGGUUAAACUUCUCGUGAGAUUCACAUGCGUUUGCAAACCGUGGAAAUUGCUCGUCUUUGAUCCAAGAUUCGCCAAACUCCACCUUGAAAGAUCACCCAAGCGCACACACACCUUACUUACCUUAAUCGAUGGCGUAGAAGAGUCAGAAACUUGGGUCGUAGCUCCACUGUCAGUCCGUCGUUUACUCGAAUACCCUUCCUCCACUGUCCUCAACGAAGACAAGUGUUACCGUUUUACAAACGAUAGUUAUGAUGCAAUAGGCUCUGCCAACGGCUUGGUCUGUGUCAUUGGUGUUAAAUCAAUACAAGCUGGAAACAGAGAAAUUCAUAGUUGGUUCUGGAACCCUAGUUUACGAUUAAAAUCUGAAUACUCACCAACUUUAUCAUUCAUGUGUCCUAAUCGCAGUGUGCACCAUGGAUUUGGCUAUGAUGAUUCAAGAGACACAUACAAGGUGGUGGCUGUGUUUUGGGAUCAUACAUUGCAGAAAUGGGAGGGGAGAGUUCAUUGCAUGGGCGAUAGUUACUGGAGAAAGACUCUCGCUUGCCCUGAUUUUCCAACUCUACUAGGACCUCUUGUCUGCGUUCCAUUCGUUAAUGGUAGUGUUAACUGGUUAGCGCUUAACAACUUAAACUAUCAUGAGUAUGAAUGGAAAAAUGUUACCAUCGAACAAUUAAUGAUUUUUUCGCUUGAUCUACGGACGGAAACAUGUAAGUAUAUGUUGCUACCUGACUGUAUUGGUGAAAAGCCCGAAGAUGAACCAACUCUUUCUGUUUUAAGGGGUUGCCUGUGCCUUUAUUAUAACCACAAGAAUACCCAUUUUGUUUUGUGGGAAAUGAGAGAGUUUGGAGUUCAAGAGUCUUGGACUCGGUUGGUGAAUCUUCGCUAUGCGCAGAUUCAAUGGGAUUUUGUGCCUGAUGUGAUGAUGUUGCCAGUGUGUCUGUCGGAAAAUGGAGAUGUCCUGAUGCUGGCCUGCCCACAAUCUUGGUAUGAUGUUGUUAUGUAUAAUCGAAGAGAUGGUAGAGUUGAACAUAUUGAAUUUUCUAACAGCCAAAUUUUUUAUGCCUGUGAACAUAUGAAGAGCUUGGUUUUGCCUCGGCCUCAUCCACAUUAAGCUCCUAUGCAGCAAACUGCUCGUUUUUUUUUUAUAGUUUGUGUUAGAUUCAAGUGUUGUAAUGACUACUGGGUUUCUUAAUUGUGUUUUCCUUAGCUAGUAAAACUAUUUUGUUGGGCAAAGAUAUUUUAAUUACUUGAUGAAUCAAAGUGUUUGGAUUGGAUGAA